AUGCUGAUCCAGGUGUGCCUGUAUUUUUACUGUAAAUUUUUGUGGCGUUGCCUGAAAUUUGUAAUGAGAAAGCUGACUGGAAGAUGUGAACUGCAACGGAUCUGUUACAAUACCAAGCCUGGAGCUUCUAGAACUAUGAAAAUCGAAACAUCACUGAGGGAUUCAAAAAGUAAGCUACUGCAGACUUCAGUGAGUGUUCAUCCUGAUGCUAUUGAAAAAACUAUAGAAGACAUUAUGGAACUGAAAAAAAUUAACGCUGACAUAAAUCCACAGUUGGGAAUCUCUCUUCAAGCUUGCCUUCUGCAAAUUGUUGGGUACAGAAACCUUAUUGCAGAUGUGGAAAAACUGCGCAGAGAACCCUAUGACUCUGAUAAUCCCCAACAUGAAGAAAUGCUUUUGAAGUUAUGGAAAUUUUUGAAGCCCAAUACUCCGCUGGAAUCCCGGAUUUCUAAGCAGUGGUGUGAAAUUGGUUUCCAAGGUGAUGAUCCUAAAACAGAUUUUCGAGGAAUGGGACUUUUGGGACUGUACAAUUUGCAGUAUUUUGCAGAAAGGGAUGCUGCAGCAGCUCAGCAGGUCCUAUCUGAUUCUCUUCAUCCAAAAUGCAGGGAUAUCACUAAAGAGGAAAUAAGCAAAUUCAGCAAAGCAGAAUGGGAGAAGAAAAGGAUGGAUAAAGCAAUUGGGUACUCGUUUGCAAUUGUGGGCAUCAAUAUAACUGAUCUGGCAUAUAAUCUACUGGUGAGUGGAGCUCUAAAAACUCAUUUCUACAACAUCGCUCCAGAAGCUCCAACAUUAUCUCACUUCCAGCAAACAUUCUGCUAUUUGAUGCACGAGUUUCAUAAGUUUUGGAUUGAAGAGGACCCCAUGGACAUAAUGGAAUUUAAUCGUGUGCGGGAGAAAUUCCGCAAGAGGAUCAUAAAACAGCUGCAGAAUCCAGACAUGGCAUUGUGCCCACACUUUGCUGCCUCAGAAGGUUUAAUCAACAUAUAAUCACCCACACUGGUUUUAAUGGAUACCCCAGGACAGUGCCUCAUUAUUGUGUUAGAUCUCUCCUUAGGUCCCAGCUCACACACUGAAUGCACACAGUGAUUGUAUGCAUGCCUGUUGGUACAGUGUUUUCAUAUCUUCAUCAUAAUUACCAGAUCCCCAAAUACCACAAUUUCUGCAGUAUCUGUCAUCCAGUGACUGCUCAUAUUGUGGCAUCAUGCAGUGUUACAUCUUGCCUUGACACCUGGUAUGGAGAGAGUUUUCUAUUUUUUUAAAUUGGCUUCCUCUCCCUCAUAAUUUAGUGUUGAAGAAUUGUAUUUCUCUAGCUGUAUUUUAUAUGUAAAAGAUUUAG